AUGAACGGGACGACAAAAGUCGCAAAAGCCACGUCAAAUGGCCACUUGAAUCACGAGCAGCCGCCGCUAGAUCACGACCUCCACAAUGGCUGGGGCACACUUUACUCCGCCAACGCGAUCAAGAAUGACGAGCGCACCCGCCUCGUCUGGGAGGACUACGCCAAAAACCCCGCCCGAGUAGAAGGCCAGUACCACAAGCUCCUCAACGAGUAUACAACGCGGUUCGCCUCGUUCUUCGGCGGCUACUGGCCGAUCACCUUCCACGCGCAUGUCAGCGAUGUCCUCAUCCCCACCACCCUCGCCAGCCUUAUCCUAAACACUGCAUCGACGUGUCCAUUGGUCGUCGAGGAUCCGAAAUUGUCGCCGUUACUCAAGGAUGACCCGGAGCCAGAAAAGGUGCACCAGUUUGUAAGGGACUUGUUAGGAUGGACGGAUGUGCAUAUUUCGGCACCCAAGCUGGCGACCGUGCAGGGGAUUUAUGGUUGUGCGUUUGGACCGCUAGCACAUUCGUCGGAAGAAUGGGAGUACCAAAUCAUUGGAGCUGGUCCUGCUCCAUUUUCAAUAACUCGGGACGACUUUGCUUCAGAGGACAUAUUACUCGAGAAGCUGCGCACCGCCAAAGAGCAAGGCUGCGUCACGGUGAUCUGCGAUCUCGUCAACGCCUCGGAUGGAUCGAUCUUCCCACCAGAGCACUAUCGCAUGCUCCGCAUCUGCUGCACCAAGGCACGAAUCUUCCUCCUCGUCGACGAAGCAAUGACAGCCAUCCGCUGCGGCGCGCCCUGGGUCUGUCAGAGACCCGAAUACUCCGAAAACCCAGACCUGCAACCCGACCUGAUUGCCUUCGGCAAGGGCAUGGGCGUGAGCGGGAUUGCGCUCAAUUUCAACGGCAUGAUGAUGCGCCACCUCGCCUACACCAAGCGAGAGCAGAUCCUCCAGACAAUUCGAUUCUGGCGAUCGAUGGUCACCCGACCCAUUGCAAUUCCAGUGCUGCUCGAAGCGAUGGCAAUCGUAAACGUAGCCGAGGCGGAGGAGUGGCCGGCAAGAAGCGAGAAGAUCGGCCGUGCCUUUCGCGAGUUUAUCCUGCGCCACGCGGGCGGCGAGGGACAGGGGAAGGAGAUCGUCCGAGGCAUUGGUGCGUUCAUUGCUGUCGAUCGCGAGUUCUCGAAGCGGUUCCGUGUCAUGGCGGCGUUUCGGCGGAAGAGUUCGUGGGCGCGCUGGCUGCCAAAGCUCGACACUCCCGCUUUCGUUGACUCUGACGAGAUUGAGAGAUACCUCCUUGGCCCUGAUGCUAAGGAACUUCGACGGGCGCUGGCGAGUGAGGCGGAAGAGCAGGGGACGACGCCACUGUGGUGUUGUAUAUGUGGUAUCGAUGCUGCGGUUGUUGAUGAUUGGUGUAGGACGUGUUUUCUGGGAUACUGCGGCACUGAAGAUUGUAAGAAGGGAUUCGAGAGUCAUACAUGUCUGUAG